CCGAGGACGGUUAAAUGAUUCUCAUGCGCCUCGUGUGUCAUCGCAGCUCGGCUGCUCAAACCGGAUAUUAACACCGGGUAUUUAAACUAAAAUCCAAUCCACUUUCACAAACGCCGUUCUGCUGUUCUGAGUAAAAUGGGGUUCGUGGCCAAACUUUGCAUGUUUCUCCUUGGUUAUCAGUGCAGUUUUGAUUUACACACAAGUCUUGUUACCCACCAUGCGAAAUUGAAAGGUGUUCGUUGGCUACUGUCUGAACGCACGGAUAGCUGGGGCUGGGGGACCCGUAAGGAGGCGGAGGCGGUCAUGGCUCUCCAGUUGGUAAACGACAAAUGGUACAGGCCAUCUAAACCUGGCCCGGCUGCCACCGUCAAGGAAAUGAACCUUGACCUCCUGGCAGCUAUUAGCAAAUAUCCAAAGCUGGACACUCAAGACUGGUAUGGCGGGAAACUUGGCCAGUACGUCAACGCACUCGUGGCCACGUGCCAGGACCCCAGCGACUUCUACGGCCAUAACCUGAUAGACAUACUAAGCGGCCACAUGGACGGGUUCCCCAAGUACUACUUCAAUCACAACUUCGCGUACAGUUGGGCCGUGCUUGCACUGUGUAAUGCAGGGUUGACCGUACAGGAGAAAUACAUACAGCAAUUGACCAAAACACCCGGGAACUACACGUUUGGGGUUGAUGAAGCCGCUAUGACGGUGAUAGCGUUGUCUUGUGUGAGGAACCAAACUGACGUGAAGUCCGCCAUUUCUGCUGGAGUGCAGUUUAUCCUGGAUAACAAGAAACCAGAUGGUUCUUUUGGAAAUGAAUACACCACUGGGUUGGCUGUGCAGGCUCUGAUUGCUGACGAUAAACAAACCCGGAGGAAGAUUAAAAAAGAGGCACUUCUUCGACUGGUAGAGAAACAAGGCCAGGAUGGUUCCUAUGACUCUGUGGCAGCAGCAAAUCAGAUCUUCCCGGCUCUAAACAGGAAAUCGUAUGCUGACAUCGGAUCUAUCUCUUCCUGCCAACAAGUGACUACAACUCCUGCGCCGACCACGCCCCCAGCAUCAUUUUUCACUUUCAGAAUCAACGUGAUAGCGACGCUGGCGCCACACAACGUCAAUGAGUCAUUCACCGUGACGGUCCCAGAUGGCUCCUCUCUGUUGGAUGCUAUGGUUGUCCUCCGGGAUACGGAUUCAAACUUUACGUUCACAAGUAAAGAGUCGUCCUUCGGUACCUCUAUCAGCAGCAUCCAGGGGAUAGCGUCCGACCCAGACGCUAGGACGUACUGGCGUUCUGCCGUGGCCCCUGAUACUGCUCUCACUACAAGCGUUGAUGGCUUCUUCCCUACCGCGGGAAUGACGGUGAUUUUCAGCUUGUCGACUUACUGAGAUCAUUGCCACAGAAUGGGGAAUCAAUUUCGACAAAGCCCAUAUGUCGUUAGAAGCUGUAAAAUUGAUCGUUAAGAAUGAAGGAACAAUACCUUUGAAAUGCAUGCGAAGAUUUAUUCAGAGUUGCAACUGAUUUGUGCACAUAGUAUACUUCAAUUAUAUUGACUCUCUAUAGAAGUGUUACAAAUAGUGAAAGAGAUAUUGGUAAUGUAUACACAUUUAUUUGUGAUUUGCAAAAAUGAUUGUUGAAAAGUGCAUGGCAAUUUGAGAGAUUUUAUGUCAACCAAAGUUUUAUAAUCAGAUCUCGUUAACAUGACACAUUCCGAUCGAAUAAUGCAGUUUAAAACUUAAAUUCAGUGCAAAAGUCAGUCCUGUUCAAAACUAUAGCUUGCUGUUCUCAUUAACGAUGCACGUACCGUAUAUCAAUGAAAAAAUAACAUGAAAUUAACGAUAUAUGAAAUCGUUCUAACAAAGUGAUGAAUUCUCUCUGACAUUUAUGCUCAUAAUUAUGUAUAAUGAUAUUUCCAAUGGUGAAUUUGCACCAGAAAAAAAUAAUAAAAUCAGACAGCUGAAAAGCUUUGUUGUC